AUGUCUGAAUCAAUAUCAGAUAUAAACCAAAAUCAAAACAAAACCGAAGCCAAGGUUAAAUCAAUCAGUGGUAUUUACAAGCACCCCAGUUCAGGAAUUAAAAGAAAGUUAGAAGACAUAGACAUUAAUGUAUUAGAAAUAGCAAAAUCAAAAGUCAAAAAGAAUGAUACAAAAUUUGUGCCAGAAAUUGAUGUCUUAAGCUCUUUACCUCAUGAUAUUUUGGGAUCAACUCAAAGAGUAGAUGGAGCAGUAACUGGAAUUAAAAAAAUUCAAGAUUUGGAAGAAUCAAAAGUCAAAGACUUAUCAGAUGCAACACCUUCAAAUUUCAAAAAAUUAAAAGUAGCACAACUGGUAAACUUAUCCAUAUUUUGUCAUCCUAAGAAGAAAGUUAAGGUUAAGGAAAGUGCAUUAGCUGAGGUUUUUGAUAAAGAGUCUACAAGCCGCAAGAAAGAAGAUGCUAUUAAAAAUGAUGAUGAUGAAGUCUCAAUUUUGGAAAAGAAAACUGGUGGUGGAGUAAAAGUUGAUGAUUCAUUCAAAAAGUUUUUCGAAAAAGCAUAUCCUAAAGCAGAUACAUACAGAUCAAAUGAAAACGAAGAUGAAGUAGCUAAACAUAAAAGGCAAACAGAAAGUCUUCUUUCAUCAUUUCGGGAAUCUCGAAAAAGAUUUCUUUCAAGUCAAGAAUCCAAACUGGGAGCUAUUUAUAAGAAACAAAGAAGUAAUGAAUCCAAUUUUCGUCCGUUGUUUACACCACCUCAUGAAGUUGAAGUCAUCAAGAAAACAAUUGAUAAUGAAAGUGAUCAAAAAAAUGAACUGUCUAUAAAUAAGAAUAAAAAUACUAACCAACCAUUUGAACUUCCACCAAAAAAAUCUGAAUUGAAUGUCUCAAUCAAGAAAAUUUUACAAAAUCAAAUAAGAGCUGAGAAAACGGGUUUUAUAUUAUCAGAUUUUAAAGAUGCCCCAGGAUCAAUUUCUGAAGUAGCUUACAGUGAUAAUUUUGAUGGAAGUAAUAAUAUGCCGCUUCCACCUAUUCAAUUGAAGAAUAGUCUACCAAUUGCGAGAGGAUCUUAUAGUAUUUUUAGAAAUCAAGUCAUAGUCCAUGGAAAAGGUUUUUUGUUAGAAGAGUUUGAAAGUGCUGAGGGAUUGACUGCUGAAGAAACUGGUAAUGUUUUUGAUGAAAGAUUGUAUUCAAUUAGUUUAUCAGGUGAAUCAAUAGCAGAAGAAUCAGAUGACUUGGAGAAAAACAGAAAAAAGAGAAUUUCAAGUACAAAUAAUAAAAAUCACAGCUUCACGUCAACUUAUUUUUCCAUUGAAUUAGACACCAAACUAUACGAGGCAAUUAUAUCUAGAAAAAAAAAUGAAACUGUUCCGACUGCCAUCGAAAAUUUGAGAAAUACUGAAGAAUUUAAAAACUAUUUAUAUAAAUCAUUACUGGAAAGGUACAAAGAAUUGUGCAAUUGUAUCAAAAAGAACAACUAUACUGAAGCAGAAGUUGAAAUUAUUAACGCGAAAACGAAUAAAAACAUGUCUGAUGUUGAGUUAGAUCAGGUAGCAGAUGAUCUCGUAGGUUGGCCCUACUUGUUUAAGUACAGAGAUGCUAGUGAUUUGAGAUCAUUCAUUAGAAAAUUAGCGGAACAAGAUAUUGGAUCACACGAGGAAAUGUUAAAUAGGUCAAUUUUAGAAGCUGUUGCUAAUAGAGGCAAAAAAUCGUUAAAAAAAGUGUUCAAAGAAUUGUAUGAAGGAGGGUUAAAAUCAGACUUUACUUCUGCUUUAGCAAUUGAAUCUCAUCAUAAAAAGAUUGACCCCAACUACCUUUUAAGUUCCAUCUCCUACAAAGCUUUUCACGACAAAAUCAUUUUUGAUUCCAUGAAAGACAGAGGUAGAGAAGAAAAUAUGGAAACAAUUGCUCAUAGGUUGGUCACAGAAAAAGAGGGAUUUAACGAAUUCAAAAAGAGAGGAAUCACAGCUCGAUUUAUGCAGAUUGAGUGUUGUUUGAAAUAUAAAAGGUUCAGUGAAGAUGAGAUGUCUAUAAUUAAAAAGGAAUGCAAUGGCAAAUCACAGGAAAAUCUCGAACAAAUAGUUUGUAAGCUAAAAGAUAUGCCCUUGUUGUUUGGUGAUAGAGAUAAAGAAGUAUUGCAAAAUAAAAUCAUUGAAGUUUUAGGAUCUAAAGACGAAGUGGUGAAGGAUUUGAAGAAAAUCAGAGAGUUAGAAAUUGUCAACGCCGGUGCCAGAAGAAAGAAUGAGGAACCUUUAAAGUCGGCCCUUAGAACACUCAAAGAAAAAAAACCAGAAUUGUUUAGUGAUAUCGAUAUUGGGUCAAUGGUACGUACGCAUGAACGUCUUAAUCCACCGGAAAUUUUAAAGUCAUCGCAAUUUGAUUCAAGUCAAGAUUUCAAUUUAUAUAAUUUAUCGAUCAACAAGUCCAAAAAUGAAUCAUUAAACAGUAUUCAUACAAUUUUGUCACAGUCUGGUGAUUUUAAGCCGUUGAAUGUAGGAGUAAUAACAAGAAGAUAUGAAGCUCUUCGAACGGCUAUCAAUGAGAAUAGAUACACACAAUCUGAAUUAGACAUAAUACAAAUUGAAAUUGCCAUCACAAACACAGAUGAUGCUGAAGUUAUUUGCACCAAAUUACAAUCAAAAGAUACUAUUUUAAAAUUUAGAAACUCCAAAGACGUACAGAUAAAAAUUCAACAAUUAAUAGAACUUGGAGAAUAUAAAAACAUAACACAUUCAAAGAAUCAAAAAUCAAUCUACCAAGCAGUUAUGAAUAAAAAAAAAGGAAGUUUAAGACAAAUCUGUGAAGAAUUAUCAAAUGAGCAUGAAUUUUCAGGUAUGACUGCUUUUGAUAUUGAAUACCAAUUUCGUUUGCACCAAGCAGAAAAAAAUAAAAGGUUUGCUCAUUUAAUCCGUCCGGUGAAAUUCCAAAAGGAAGAGAAAACAUCAAUGAAUAAUAUUGAAUAUGAUGUAAAAGAUGAAAAAUUGAGUGUUAAUGGAACUGAUGUAUUGAAAAGAUAUGUGAAAAGAUAUGGUUGUGAAUUGGAUAAGAUCGAUAAUUCAGAAAAAUUGAAAAAUUUCUUAGGAAUAUAA